AUGUCUACAAGAAGCAAUCGUCCGCUCUCGCGGGCUUCUACCACGAGCGUCCACUCGUUUGAGCAAUACCAGCCACAGCCGCAGCAGUCGCGCCAGUCGCAGUUUUCACACCAGCCGCAGUACAACACCGCUUUCACCAGCGAACCCUUGCAGCCCGCGCUGCUCCAGGCUGCCCAGCAUGCUAGCGCACAGGACAACCUCAUGAGCAUGUCACUGGAGAGCGUGCAGCAGUACCUGGGCUACCCGUCUGACUCCACCCCACAGCCUCAACCAAACGGCAUGUCGGCGCCCAUGGACACGCACCCAUACCACACAUCCAUGGCCCCGCAAUCACAACAACAACAACAACAACAGCAGCAGCAGCAACACCAACAACAACCCUCAUUUAUGGCACCGCCAAUGGAGAGCGAGGACAAGAAGAAGAAGGGCUCAGCAUCGGGCAGCGCUACCAACGACAAGGAACUACGGCAGCUGUUGGCGCAGAAUGAGGGCCGCCAUCUCAAGGAUGUCGCCGCCGAGGUCAUCCAAAACGACCGGACAUCCAAGGCAGAGAAGUCGAAGCAGCUCUUCGCCAUGUUGUGGCUCCGAUCUGUUUGCCGCACUGCGAAAACUUCGGUUCCGCGCAACCGCGUCUACUCCAAAUACGCAGAGCGCUGCGGUACCGACCGCGUUAUUCCCCUCAAUCCUGCAUCCUUUGGCAAGCUCGUCCGCGUCAUCUUCCCAGGAAUCCAGACCCGGAGACUAGGCGUCCGCGGCGAAUCCAAAUACCACUACGUUGACCUAGCUCUCAUCAACGACAGCGAUGACGGAGAAGAGACGCAGCGCCGACCAAGCACGAGCAUGAGCGGCGCCACGGCACACCAUGCAAUGAAGCGUCAGCAGUCUACCGGUCCCAAAAUCGACUUCAAUGCCAUUCCUCGUUUACCUGCAGACAGCGCGCAGUUCCCACCACGCGACAUCGCAACAGAAGCAAACAACACACAGUACGCCCCUACUUCAUCGAAAGGUCUUCUUUACACCGACAUUUACUCGGCCAACUACCGCUCCACAAACGCGCGUACAAAGACGGCAUACGAGCAUGACCUCAAGUUCCCCACGUCCGACAUACUGGAAGCACCCGAUGGCUUGGAGAUCGAACUCCCCGACAUUGCCCCCUACCUGCCAGCACGUACGGACCCUGACUCUGUUCAGAACUUGGUGGCCAUGUACCGUACACAUGUCACCUCCCUAGUCGAUGCGGUGCGGUACUGCAAAGAGAAGCAGUUCUUCCGCUUGUUUGGCACCUUUCACGGCACCUUGACUGUACCUGUGCAGAAGCUCUUCUCUGCCCCCGAGCUCGCACCAUGGAUCAAAGAGUGCGACUGGAUGAUGUAUCAGAAGAUGAUUCGCAACGUCUCGCAAUUGACCUUGCAAGUCGCACCGCCUCCUGUUCUUCGCUUCCUCGACAACGUAGCAAAGACUCUACAUCCGCACAUCAACACCAAGUUUUCCCAGCUUCCUAUGCACGUAUUAGAAGCUAAGCUCGAGCCCGCCACCUUAUUCACACACCUCUUGCGACAAAUGCUUCGCGUCAACUCUACAGCUCACGCUGCUGCAGUCCUGCUCACCACCGACAACCACCGGAUCCAGAUGUACGCUGACUGGGUCGAGUAUGUCAACUUGAAACGCAUCAUCGCAAACGAACUGCCAGGGUCCUGCAACCAUGAAGAAGUGUACAACAUCAUGACGGCUGAGAUUCGAUCCAUGUUGGGGCCACUGCCGCAAGAUAUCCAACUGUCUUCUGGUGCUUACCACCAUCUCACGCAACCAGACCCACUUGCGGACCCAUCCGAAUCUGUGAUUGACCGCAUCGCCGCCUUUCUCACUCGGUUACCCUCUCGCUUUCCUAGCGCUUCGGCACGUACAAUACUGCACUGCGUCAGUGCUCUCGGAGGUGCGGCGCUGCGGGAGAUUACUGUGGAGAAUGGCAGAAGCUUCCAAGGCUGGUGGCUCACCAAGGUAUUCGUCGACGAGAUGGCACAGUGGCUAGCAUCUUUGGGUGGCUUUCUUGGCCACACUGCGCCUGACUGGAAGUCUCCCACUCUUUCUCCCGUCAUGGACAACGCUAUACACGCGGGCAUGACCAAUGGUGGCAGUGGAAGCAACAACGAGAGCCGUUACAGCAGCAUCGACGCCGACUUCGAUCCCAGUCAAUCUUUCAUGUCCACCGCUAGUAACGUUGCGAUGCAGGAUGCCAAUACAACCCACGAUGUCAAUGCUCGAAGCUUUACUCAACAGUCACAAUACGACAUGAGCUUCGGCUAUGACAUGGAUAUGAAUACCUCUCAGCAAGAGCCGAACCACGACGAUAGCGGCAUCGGCCUCCUUGAAGACGGCAUCGAUGCGAGUUUCGCCACAAAGAUGCAACAGUCGCUCAAGUCGCAUCUAUCGCAAGCACCGCUCUCCAUACUUCCGCAGAGUAUCCGCUAG